AUGAGAGAAUUGAUAGAAGAAACUGAGUAUAAGUCUGAAACAACAUCUUUUGAAGAACUUAAAAAAGCAGGAAUAUCUUUAGCUGAUAUUAAUAAGCUUGUAGAAGCCGGCUAUAAUACUGUUGAGGCAUUGGCAUAUGCUCCUAAAAAACAAUUGCUUACUAUUAAAGGAUUUUCUGAUAUUAAAGUAGAUAAGCUUAUUAAAGAGGCAGCCAAGUUCGUACCAAUGGGGUUUACUACUGCAUCUGCUUAUCAUGAAAAAAGAAAGGAUCUUGUUUAUUUGACAACUGGUUCUUCUGAACUUGAUAAACUUUUAAAUGGCGGAUUUGAGUCUGGUUCUAUUACUGAAGUCUUUGGCGAAUUUCGUACUGGUAAAACUCAGUUAUGCCAUACAGUGGCAGUGACUUGUCAGCUACCACCUGAACAAGGGGGUGCUAGUGGUAAAGCUAUGUAUAUCGAUACAGAGGGUACAUUUAGAUCCGAAAGAAUUUUCCCAAUCGCAGAGAGAUAUGGUUUAAAUCCAGAAGAUGUGCUAGAGAAUAUUUCAUAUGCAAGAGCUUAUAAUUCUGAUCAUCAAUCACAGCUACUUGUUCAAGCAUCAGCACUUAUGUCUUCUUCUAAAUAUUCAGUUUUAAUUAUUGAUUCUGCUACUGCGCUUUACAGAACAGAUUUUAGCGGAAGAGGUGAGUUGGGUGCGAGACAGAUUAGUUUGGCACGAUAUCUUAGGGACUUAGUAAAUUUGGCCGAAACAUAUCAAGUGGCUGUUAUUAUUACAAAUCAAGUAGUAUCUAAUCCAGAUGGUGCUAUGAGUAUGUUUGCAGGAGAUGUUAAAAAACCAAUAGGAGGAAAUAUUAUGGCACAUGCGAGCACAACACGGCUGUCUUUAAGAAAAGGAAGAGGAUCUACAAGAAUAUGUAAAAUCUAUGAUUCACCACUACUUCCAGAAUCUGAAGCAAUGUUUAGUAUUACAGAAGCGGGUAUUAAAGAUCCAGAAGAUUAA